AUGCAAGCCAUGGCCUCCAGUCAUGAGUCUAGCUCGCCCAGCCUCUCACGACGACGGACCGAGCCGCCAAAGGAAGAAACGCGGGAUGAUAUGAGUAUAGUUGAAAGAUCUAACACCGUUAACAGCGCCCAAGAUACAGAGUACGUGAAAAUGCUCAAGGACGAGGCCCAAAUGGAAACUGGAUACAAUAUUAGAGUUAGCGCGGCGAACUGGGCUUUACUGGCGGGGUAUCUCGUCGUACCAGGCACCUUCGCGUCAUUACAAAAAUCGAGUCAGGUUGAAGACGCCCUAAGCAACAACAAGGCAGGCCAGGUCGUGAUGCAUACCAUACAAAAUCCGCCUUUGCUCGCUAUUGCCUGCUUGUUUUUUGUAGGUGCAAUCACAGCAAUGUACUUCUUGAUACGAGUUCGCAAAAUUCGAAACUGCUAUACGUGGCUCAUCAACAAACUUUUUAUGCCAGCUAUGCUUAAUGCGGCGGCAGGGCUGCUCACUACCCUUAUUAACGUCUAUACGUCCCGUGGCGGUCACUGGUCUGUGAUGUCAAUUAUCACAACAGUAAUCACCGGUCUUACAUUUUGCGUUUUCUUUGCCUUGCUGAUAUUUUACAAGUUCUUCAAGCUGCGAGGUGUCCUUCAGGAGGAUAAGAAUGGAAUAAGAUAG